GAUGGCGGCGGCGGCUUCAGCAGCUUCUUGCCCUUUUCCAUCAUGGCGGCGGCCGGACCCGCCUCUCCAGGCGCUGGAGUCAUGUGACCCACACAAUGGCUGUGAGCCCACUUGAGGCUUCCCGGCAACGCCAAAUGAAAGUUAUGACAGCCGCCGCGGGUUCGGCGGCUCGCGCCGCGGUUCUUCUGCUGUGCGCGCUGCUGGCGUCCGGCGGCGGCGCGUACGUGCUGGAUGACUCCGACGGGCUGGGCCGGGAGUUCGAUGGCAUUGGCGCGGUCAGCGGCGGCGGGGCAACUUCCCGACUUCUAGUAAAUUACCCAGAGCCCUAUCGUUCUGAAAUACUGGAUUAUCUCUUUAAGCCAAACUUCGGUGCCUCUUUGCAUAUUCUAAAAGUCGAAAUAGGUGGUGAUGGGCAAACAACAGAUGGCACUGAGCCCUCCCACAUGCACUACACAUUAGAUGAAAAUUAUUUCCGAGGAUAUGAGUGGUGGUUAAUGAAGGAAGCUAAGAAGAGGAACCCUAAUAUUAUACUUAUGGCGUUGCCAUGGUCAUUUCCUGGAUGGCUGGGCAAAGGUUUCAACUGGCCUUACAUAAAUCUUCAGCUGACUGCCUACUACGUCGUGAGCUGGAUUGUGGGCGCCAAGCAUUAUCAUGAUUUGGACAUUGAUUAUAUUGGAAUUUGGAAUGAAAGGUCAUUUGAUAUCAAUUAUAUCAAGGUGCUAAGAAAGAUGCUGAACCAUCAGGGUCUUCAGCGAGUGAAGAUCAUAGCGAGUGAUAAUCUUUGGGAGCCUAUUUCUUCUUCCAUGCUAUUUGACCCCGAACUCUUGAAGGCAAUUGAUGUUAUAGGGGCUCAUUAUCCAGGGACCCAUACAGUACUGAAUGCAAAGUUGACUAAGAAGAAGCUUUGGUCUUCUGAAGAUUUUAGCACUUUAAACAGUGAUGUGGGUGCAGGCUGUUGGGCUCGCAUAUUAAAUCAGAAUUAUAUCAAUGGCUAUAUGACGUCCACAAUCGCUUGGAAUUUGGUGGCUGCUUACUAUGAAGAGCUGCCUUAUGGACGAUGUGGACUGAUGACUGCCCAGGAGCCAUGGAGUGGGCACUAUAUAGUGGAAUCUCCCAUCUGGGUGUCAGCUCAUACAGCUCAGUUUACUCAACCAGGUUGGCAUUACCUGAAGACAGUUGGCCAUUUAGAAAAAGGAGGAAGCUAUGUAGCUUUGACUGAUGGUUUAGGUAACCUCACAAUCAUCGUUGAAACUAUGAGUCAUAAACAUUCUAUGUGUAUUCGGCCAUUUCUUCCUUAUUACAAUGUUUCACAACAGUUGGCUACCUUUGUUCUUAAGGGAUCUUUUAGUGAAAUACCAGAGCUACAGGUGUGGUACACCAAACUUGGAAAACCAUCCAGGAGAUUUCUUUUUAAACAACUGGAUUCUCUAUGGCUCCUCGACAAAAAGAACAGUUUCACCCUGGAACUGCAAGAGGAUGAACUGUUCACACUCACCACUCUCACCACAGGUCGCAAAGGCUUCUACCCAUUUUCUCCCAAAUCCAAGCCUUUCCCAAGUACCUAUAAAGAUGAUUUCAACGUUGAUUACCCAUUUGUUAAUGAAGCUCCAUAUUUUGCUGAUCAGACGGGUGUGUUUGAGUACUACACAAACACCGAUGACCCCGGAGAGCAUCAUUUCACAUUACGUCAAGUUCUCAAUCAACGCCCUAUUACUUGGGCUGCUGAUGCUUCCAGCACAAUCAGCAUUAUAGGAAAUUACCAGUGGGCCAAUAUGACUAUAAAGUGUGAUGUUUACAUGGAGGCCCCUGAGAGGGGAGGUGUAUUCAUUGCAGGACGAGUAAAUAAAGGUGGCAUUUUGAUUAGAAGUGCCACCGGAGUUUUCUUCUGGAUUUUUGCAAAUGGAUCUUACAGAGUUACAGGUGACCUAGCUGGAUGGAUUGUGUAUGCUUCAGGACGUGUUGAUGUUACAGCACAAAAAUGGUAUACACUAAUCUUAGCAAUUAAGGGUCAUUCCUCCUUUGGCAUGUUGAAUGGCAAGACUCUGUGGGAAAAUGUCCAUGUGAAUUACCCAAGGAAUGGCUGGGCUGCGAUCGGAACUCAUUCCUUUCAAUUUGCACAGUUUGAUAACUUUUAUGUGGAAGCCACACAUUAGUUCUCACAGAGCAUUAUCUAACACUUCUAGGCUUUUGGUUUAGAGCCAGUUCUUGUUUUCAUGGACCAAUGUGUGCCUUUUGAUGCUAAAAAUAAUGAAGAGUAAAUGGACAGAAAGAUAUAUUUUUGAUUGAUCCUGUGAAAGAUUUUAGUAGGACUAAUUCCAAAGAGACUAUAGGUGAAUCUUUAACAGUCCUGUCUUCGGUCCUGUCUUCAGGAGCAGUUGGAGUGGUUCAUAUCUGGAAAUCUGGAAUAUGAGGCAUGUCUCUGUCUGAAUUGCAAGUGAUCAUGUAGAUGGCCAUGACUUAAUAGUCACUGAGAUGCUUUUAUGAGUGCUGACUCUGUGUCUGAGUGAGCUGAUGUCCUCAUCACAAGAUUAUGCUCCAUAAAGGAAGCUGAAGAACACUUUAGUAUGCCACUCUCACGAUGUGAUAAGUGUUUCUUUCUCUCUCGUUUUGAAAAGAUGCUUUUGAGUUUCAGAGUAUGACAUGUGGGAUGAUUUGAAAAAUACCUCAUUAAUAAACUAACUCUAAAGCUAUUUCUGGAGUAAUAAAUAUUAGCAGAUAAAAUGGGUUGCUUGUGUUCUCUGAUUCUUUCAAUUUCCACUUUUAGUUCUGUAACACUUAAAAUUCUCUGAGGACAUUAUCCUAGGUGCCAGUGCUGUAAGUGUGCCUUUUGUAGUUUGUCCUCACACGUGACACUAGGAACAGACUAAAUCACAAAUAAAUACUUUCAUCUCUUUAUAUGUGGAACACUUAACCUUUUACUAGCUCACAGAAUGGAUCAUUUCCUAAUGUUUGCAUGGUUAGAUGCACUGCUUACAUUUUCAAUGUGUUUAUCGUUAAAUAUGGGUGAGCAUGUUUCUGAAUAGUAUGAUUUGUAUCUAAACAUUAGAAGCAGAUCAGUUAUUCAUGUGGGUAAAGUAGAUUCUGGAAUUCUUUAUAAGGAAAGAGUUUCUCAUCAAACUAAGGCUACUACUUAGGAAUGUGUAAUGGUCUAACAGGCUUAACUAAAGUGAAGUUCUGUAUGACUUUGAAGACAAGAAGCUAAUUACUAUACUUAUCUGGCAGGGGAGAUUACCAUGAUCACGAAGAUGGUUUUCCUAGGGCGAGGUUUAUCCAUUGCACUCCGGAUGUGCUGACCCCUGCGAUUUCCCCAAAUGUGGGAAACUCGACUGCAUAAUUUGUGGUAGUGGGGGACUAUGUUCA